UCCCAAUAGUUGAAUCCAGUGUAAACAGUAAGCGCUAAUCGGCGUUUAUCCCGCGAGUAUUAUGACUUGAUAAGGAAGUGAUACAAGUCUCGAGACAGUCCGAGCACCGCUCAGUCGUUCUUUCGAUAUCGGACGAUGCGCGUCCACCCCAGGUUUCCUUUUCCUCCGAGGAAAGAAGCGUAUCUAGAGAAAAGAAGCGUAAUUGAAGUUUAAUCUGCGUCUUUUUUGUUGAAGACACGUGUCGGCCGUCUUCAGGGUCGCGCCGUCCCUCGCCGGGGCCGAGCUACAAUUUGCAAUUAGCGCUCGAGUACCUCUCUUUAUUCGGUACCCGAAAUAAAGCGGUCGAGAAUCGGCGACGAAGGUCGGGAACUCUUUUUCUUUCUCUGAAGUAUUCGAAGUUACCGAGGCCGGGGACUUUUUUUUUUUCUCGAAUAGGAGGGAUUCCUCCGAAGUCGGGACGAGGAUAAAAGUGAAAUCAAGUACGAAGACGAGUAGACGGGCCUCCACGUGGGAGAACGUAAACUCGCCCGAGGAAACGCGUGGACUUUGCGUGGCCUUAUGAGCGCACUCCAUUAUACUCGCCCGAUGUGUUUUCCUUCGAUUUCGAGUGACAGUGUAUAUCUCUCGUCACUUUCCUCGCUUUUGUCACGGAGAAGUAACAUGUCGAUGUAACGACCCGCCGAUAUAUCAGUGCCAGGCCUCGUGAAAGCAACAGCCCACGCGCUGUUCACCAUGCCUACGACACCGCUACGAGUUGAUAGUAUACUCGAGGAAGGUGCUCGACCCAGAGAUUGGCAGCCAAGGAGUUCAGGGUUCAAGGUUCCGAUUAGAUUGGUUCGAUUAUGCCUUUUAGGGGCAUUUCUUCCGGCAAUUCUGGUGGCGGGUCCGCUGUAUCUGCGAUAUCGAGUUUACUCCGAACAACUUUAUCCAUUGACGAUUUCCGAUCAAAGACUGAUCGAUGGCAGAGUGUCCACAACGUGGUGCCAGCGACAAGUCGUCAAGGUUAACGGAACGUUCAACGCCUAUCUCAUGAGGGACGUGCCCGAGGUGAAACGGGAGGUAAUUCCGGUGUCAAUGACAAGGCACUUGAUUCUGGAGAAUGACAUGAAGGAGUACUGGGGCUUCUACUUACUCCGAGGAAGCAGCGUCACGGUUUCCACUUGUGUAAGAUGGCCUGGCGCAUCUUUAACUAUGAUUCGAGGUCAUAAACAUUUGCACGAAUGCGCCUUUAUCGGUGAUGACAGCAGCGAGGAGCUGGAGGAGCUCCUCGAGGUCGCCCAGGAGCGCGGCCUGCUCACCGUAAACGGGACCCUCGAGGACGAGCACCCUAGCAACGAGCCGGAGAAGAUGAAGAGGGUUCGUCAGGGGAUUCAGUUUCUUCAGCAGAGCAGCAACCCCAAUGAAAACGACACUCUGCCAAUUCCUUAUCACUACAGUAGCCACGAGUUGGAUGCGAAAGCUAUGAGAAGUAUAUUAACCGAGCUGUUUAGGAAAACUCUGGAGACUAAGAAGAAACAGAAGGAAAGCCCUCAUCAUCAUUACGAGGGGGUCUUCAAGGAGAGUGCCAACAUCGAUAAGCCUCCUGUCGUAUCUGCAGAUUUUCCGUACAAAACUGAGAGCGAAGCCUCCACAGAGGGUACAAGGAAAAAAGACUCGGGUUUGAAAAUCAAUCCGGCGGAAAGUAGGUCGGAUAAAAAUGAGGAUUUCGAGGGAAAUCCGGAAAUCCAUCGGGAAAAUCAAUCGACGACCCUUGAAUACCUUACUACUCUGUACACCGAGCCAGACAAUGUUUCGGAAGGAACGUCAACGAGUGAACAGGCGAUUGUUAGUGAUUUGAUAAGUACUACGGAGAUAUCUCCAGGGGGAAACGAAAGUGAUCGGUCCGAGGCGCCGGAAACGGCAUCUGGGGAGGUUUUUCGGGAAAUCCUGGGAAAGCUGGGGUCCUUGGGCGACCGAGGGAAAGCAGUCCUUAAAAAGUUGGUAGAUCAGAUGGACGAGGGACGAGCAAAGGCUGGGAAACUUAGGAAAAUGGUAAACGAAGCUAUGGUGAUUAAGGAUUCGAAGACCCUGAGGAAAAGGAAGAGGGAACUGAUCCUUUCUUCACCCUUGGGGGAAGAACUCACGCAAGACGACUCGGAAGCCGACGCUGCGGUCGAGGAGGGACUUCUGCAUCCAGACGGCAUCGCCGAAGACAGGGGCACCGUAAACGAGACUACCUUGAAUGACAGAAGCAAUUCAGAAUUUUGGAGCUCGUUCAGCAGUUCCGAAGAACGUCUUUUGGAUUGCAAGGGCCUCAUUUUGAAUCUGCCCUUGACGCCUCAUCAACAGUGCACUCCAAAAUUCGAAAAGCAUCACCAUUUGGCAUCCUUGGCCAACACCGUCACCUACAGGGUGCCCACGAAUGGUUAUUACUUUUUCGUCUUCAAUUCGGAAAACGAGAUACAGCCGAAUUACAUAAGGAUACGGUUCGAGCUCUUGAAAACGGUUUACGACACCUCGGACCCGAUUCACGCUUGCAAAAACACGACCGAAGAGUGUUCGCUACCCCUGAAUUUUUUCAGUGGCGAAAAGGCGGUUUUGGAAUUGCCUUUGGGUGAUAACGACUCUCAAUGGAACGAGGAAUUCGUUGUGGUAUCGACCUGCGAGCCGAGGACGGCUGUGUACAUGAUCUGUAUUAUUACAGUACCCUUGUUGAUCAUGCUGUUCGCUUUUCACUGACACAAGCCCCGCUUGUUAAAUAUUAACGAAGCAUUUCCACAAUGGAGGCUGAACGAUUCGCGGAGGGUAACGACGUUAUCAGUCGUUUUCAUUUUUAUUGGGACGAUCUUGGCGAACGAUGUGUGUGCAAACGAAUCAUCGAGAGUGGGCAUAUGUUAAACUCCUAAGUUAUUAUUUUCCAGCGCUAUGUGAUAUAAGCAUAUUGAAACGUUGCAUUUUUUUUUUAUACGACUGAAGAGUGCACCGUUCCACCGGAAGAGUAUUAAGAACAAUAUUCCUCUAAGUAUAAUGACUCGUAAAAUACAUAGCUCACGUUAUUCCCCACGUUAGAGAAUAUUAGCUCCAUGAGCACUGAUUCUUUCUUAUCAAUUAUCUCUGGUUAUCAACAUCCUAGAUAUCCGAUAGACUUCUUGGAGGUCGAUUACCCAACGGAUGUCUAGGUCCAUCGAAAGCAAAUCAAUACGAAUCAGUAUGUCCUCUGAUAAAGGAAAAUCGCUUCGACUCGUGUCAUUCAUAGCGGAGGCUGUAAUCAGGGGCGAUGACACUUCGGUUAUCGUCUCGUGAAAAUGUCUUUAAUUUCUCGUUAUGUUAUACAGCGGUCGUAUUGUAAAUAAUAUUCCGAGGCUUUAAGGAGAACCUAGUCGUGAUAGGAAUGUAAGACUGGCGUUUACGCACUGUUCUAAUUAUAAUGAGAUUACGAAUCGCUACGUAUAUGUGUAGAUAAGGCUGUACAAAUACAUACAUUCUAGGACGAUGUUUGCGGAAACACGUUCAGACGUACGAGCCGUGCAACAGGAAUUGUACACGAGUACGCUUGUUUGCGCAAAUUGAAAAGGCGAUAUUUUCACAUAACAAUUGCGAGGCGAUUGUUCGAUGCAUAAGACGUUGUCUGGAUGCGUAGGUACAAUUUUCCAUACGGAAAGUAUCUUGGAAUAAAUUUUAACGAACGUUA